AAACAGCAGUAGCGCUCGAGAGAGUAAAUAGAGAAAGCUCCCAAGAUGGCGGAGUCGCUGAGCUUAAUUCACUUUGGUGCAGCGAGUAAAACCCCGCUCUCCAAACCUAAAGAACCGAAAGCAACGCCGGAAAAUCGACCCCAGUCUUCCCGAGACCACCAUCCUCCACCGCCGAAGAAAGUGCGAAACGAUGAGAAGAGCCUUAAACCCAAGAAACUGAACGGAGAAGGAGGGGGAGGUGGCGGCAUAGGAGAGAAGCAGCACCAGAAGCAGAGUUAUGGCAGCAGCGCCACAACAUGGACCUUCAGUCCCAUCAAGACCAGCCACCCAACGGCCCCCGUUCAGCCGCCCUUGCACAAAGUGUUCAAACAGAGCGCAUUCCUCGCAUCUCCUCCCAAACCCAAAAAGCUCAAACCGGAGAAACGGGAGAAGGAGAAAGAGAAGGAGAAGAAGAAACAUAAGCCACCCGCGGAAAACAGCGUCAGCAGCCUGUUCAGCCCCGGAUUGAAGAAGGAAAACGGGGAGGUGAAGUUGAUACAGAAAGAUCACGUUCCCAAGGAGAAGCUGAAGGAACGAGACAAGGAGAAGGAACGCGAGAGGGAGAAGAAGAAAGAACUGCUCAAAGAACUUCACAAGGAGAAAGAGAAGGAGAAAGAUGUGCACAAGGAUGUGCAUAAAGAAGGGCACAAGGAAAAGGAGGCUCACAAGGAAAAGGAGGCGCACAAGGAAAAGGAGGCGCACAUAGGGGUGCAUAAGGAGAAAGAGAAGGAGGUGCAUAAGGAGAAAGAGGUGCACAAAGAGAAGAAGGAGGAGGUGCACAAAGAGAAGAAGGAGGAGGUGCACAAGGAGAAGGAGAUGCAUAACAAAGACAAGGAGAAGGAGAAGAAGAAACACAAGCUGGUCAACAACAACGAGAUCAAGAGUCAGAACGGGGAGGUCAAGAUGCUCCACAAAGUGGAAAAGGAGAAGGCACGCCUGAGCCUGGAGGAGCUGCAGAUGCGGAAGGUGAAGAAGAAAAAGAAAAAGAAGCACAAAGAGGAGGAACGGGAGAAGGAGCGCGAGCGUGAGAGGGAGAAGGAGAGGGAGAAGGAGAGGGAGCGGCGCCGGCGACCCAAGAUGUACAGCCGCUCCAGCCAGACCGACCCCCUGCUGCACGCUGGUGGCCACGCCCACUCCAAUCCCUACUCCAAUGACUCCUCCUCCAAACUCUCCUCCCCCUUCAAGUCUCCGGCGCCCGUGCCCUUCCCCCGCCUGGACAAGGAUAAGGGUCUUUGCGGUGGCUGUGGUGUCGGCGGUGGCGGUGGCCUUUUUGGCGACUCGUCCAAAGGCGCGUGCGCGUCGUCCGUGGACCCGGUGAAAGGCGUCAUGGCCGUGACUGUGUCCGUCUCCGGCGGCGACAACAAGGGCGUCUCUGUGUCCAGCACCACUGCGGCGCCUCGCCUGCCGGGUCUGGGCGCGAUGGACGCGGAGUUCGGCCGCCUGGUCCACGUGGAGCAGCAGCCCAAUGGCGGCGCCCUUGUCCUGCACGCCUACAGCCGCGAGCUGGCCGUGCUCUCGCCGCCGCAGCUCCAGCGCUUCGCGCAGCAGUUCGUCACGCUGGCGUUCAGCGAGGACGCGGACGGCGCCGCCCACUACGUCAUGAGCAUCGUGCACGGCUCCGCCUCCUACCUGCCAGACUUCCUGGAUUACUUCUCCACCAAGUUCCCCUCCGCACCCGUCAAGAUGGAGAUCCUGGGCAAGAAGGACAUCGAGACGACUACUAUGGUCAACUUCCAUCAACAGGUGAAGAGGACCUACUCUCACGGCACGUACCGUGCGGGUGCGAUGCGGCAGAUCAGCCUGGUGGGGGCGGUAGACGAGGAGGUGGGAGACUACUUCCCAGAGUUCCUCGGCAUGCUCGAGGACUCACCCUUCCUGCAGCGUACGUUACCGUGGGGUACGUUCUCCAGCCUGCGUACGAUGAGCCCCACGGAGAGCGAUGACGGGCCCAUCAUGUGGGUGCGGCCCGGAGAACAGAUGAUCCCCGUAGCAGACAUGCCAAAGUCCCCCUUCAAGAGGAAAAGGUCGACCAAUGAGAUAAAGAACCUGCAGUACCUGCCGCGCACCAGCGAGCCUCGCGAGAUGCUGUUUGAGGACCGCACGCGGGCGCACGCCGACCACAUCGGCCAGGGGUUCGAGAGGCAGACCACCGCCGCCGUGGGAGUACUCAAGGCCGUGCACUGCGGAGAGAGUCCGGACCCUCCUCGCAUUACCAAAGACGUGGUGUGUUUCCAUGCAGCUGAUUUCCCUGACGUGGUUCAGAGGUUACAGCUAGACCUGCACGAACCCCCACUCUCACAGUGUGUGCAGUGGGUGGACGACGCCAAGCUGAACCAGCUGCGUCGCGAGGGCAUCCGCUACGCCCGCAUCCAGCUGUACGACAACGACAUCUACUACAUCCCGCGCGGCGUCGUGCACCAGUUCAAGAGCGUCUCGGCCGUCUGCAGCCUGGCCUGGCACGUACGCCUGCGCCAGUACCACCAGGACGGCUGCAAGGAAGAGGAGGAGGACGAGGAGGAGGAGGAGGAGGGAGACGGAGGAGGAGAGGAAAGGGGAAGAGUUCGGGAGGAGGAGGAGAAGGAGGACGGAGGAGGAGUUAAGGUGGAGGAGAUGGAGGAGAAGGUGUCGAUCGCUGGGGGGACGGGGAAAGAUGCGCCUGCGUCGUCCUCUUUUUCGACUACGUUGGUGAAGCAGGAGCCCAAAGCCGCCAACAUUACUCCUCCAGAGUCCUCCUCCUCCUCAUCAUCAUCAUCAUCAUCUUUCUCCUCCUCUUCCUCCUUGGCUGCAGUUGCUUCCAGGUCUUCCGGCGCGGAUGCUCAACCACCUCCCCAUCCUACCACCAACACAGACUCGAAGCACCCGCAUCCCAAACCCACUCUCAAUCCCAGUCUCAAUCCUAGUCCCAGUCGGCCCCAGAUCAAGAUGGAGCGUGCCGGCGCCGACUCCGAUUCGCCGACGCCACCUGCUGCGAAGGCCGCCAAGUCCCACCAUCAUCAUCAUCACCACCACCACCAACAACACCACCAUCACAGCAGCAGCGGUGGUAGUAGUAGUAGUGGUAGUGGUGGUAGCAGUGGAGGUAGUGCGGCCCGGAUAUCUUCCUCCUCCUCCUCUUCCUCUACUCCGUUGCCAUCCCGCAGCGGAGAAGCACGGCCACCGAAGCCCCAUAAUCAUCAUCAUCAACACCACCAUCAUCAUCCUCAUCAUCCUCCUCCUCCCCAGCCCCCCUCCUCCUCCUCCUCUAAUACGGACUCCAGAGCGCCCCCUCAUGGGCACAGUGGCGGUGGCGGUGGUGGCGGCAGUGCCCCCGAUACCAGGACACCCAUGAUGCACCACUCACACCCCCCCCAGCCACCACCACAGGUGAAUCCCCUGUCGCAGCCCCAGCCGCCGCCGCCGCCCCACUUCCAGACCCCGACGACGGGGUCUCUCUUGCCCACGCCUGGGGCCCUGAUGUCACCGCCCCCUCUCACCACCUCCCCAGUGCAGCCGCCCCAGGCCCAUCCCCCCCAUCCCCAUCCCCCGACACCACAGCAGUCUCACUCCUCUUCCUCCUCCUCGCACACUCACCCACAAGCACACGCACAUGCACACCUACACCAACACGCAAACCAACACCAACACACCCACACGACGACGGCCCAAAGCCACGCCUCUUCCUCCUCCUCCUCCUCUGCCACUGGCUCCUCCUCCUCCUCCGCCGUGCCCAGGCCGGCCAAUAAGGACUCUUCGUUUCACCCAAAGGCUCCACCCCAAAGUGGGGGACGGGACUCACAGCAACCGCCUCCUCCUCCUCCUCCUCGCCCCUCCCCUUCCUCCUCAAACCCCCCCAUGCAUGGGCUUCACAAAGACGUUUUAUAAGAGGAAACACCUCCACCCCCCCCCUAUCCUGUCCUGUACAGUUUUUAAAAAACACAGCCCCCCCUUAUUCACACACAUGCGCGCGCACACACACACACACCAGACACACACACACACCAGACACGUUCGCGUACACUUUACACAUUUCGGUUCGCCCUUUUUAAAAAUUGUUUUAAACAAUCGAAUAAAUGCUGACACCACAUGCCCAAAUGUCCCACCCCGACCCAACCCAACCCCGCCCCUCCUCUCCCCAUUGUUGAUGGCUCGCUGUGUGUGUGUGUGUUUGUGUGAGCGAGAGAGUGUGUAUCUGAGAGAGAAAAUGAAAAGUUUGUGAUGCUCACACAGGUCUGUGCGUGUGUACUGCUUUUUGAGAAGAAGAGAUGGGUGUGUGCGCACAUGUAUGUGUGUGUGUGAGUGUACCUCUGUGUGUGUGUGUGUGUGUGUGUGUGUGUGUGUGUGUGUGUGUGUGUGUGUGUGUGUGUGUGCGCGCGCGCGCAUGUGUGUGUGUGUGUGUUUGUGUGUGCGUGAGUCAGUCAGAGAGACAGGUGAGUGCGGAACAGCUUUCACGCUGGACACACAGCAAAUGUAGCGCGUCACGUUCCUCAGUGCCUGUCCAGAGCUGUGUGUGUUGUGUGCGUCCUUGUGUGUGUGUGUCUGUGUAGGCGCAUUCAGGCCGACUGAGAAUCGUGCCGGUUUCCUUUCCCGCACCUAAUCGUGAAACGGCCGUCGCGCUCACGCCACAGAUCUUGCCGGUCGCGAACCAGAAAGUUGGAUCGCAAUACGAACUGCAUAAAAUACUUGUUUUUUUCCCUCCGCGAACUGUGACGACAAC